AACAGAAACAACGUUAGUCAUCAUUUAUUUGUGUUUUGGUUGUGGACCUUCAGUGCUUUAUGGAAUGUGGUGAUAUCUGAGUUUGCAAAAAAAACCUUCCAAUCGUACAUCUGCUCUUGAAAACCUUUCACCCGAUCAAACAUUUUGACCUCUUGGUCUAUAAUGAGGAUAAUUUCUAAUUGGAAGAAUAAUGUCGGAAGAAGACUUAAAUCUAUCAAACAAUAUGAAAAAGUUGGAAAUAGAAAAUAUUUCUAGCAAGAAAGAAGACGACAGGAAACAUACACACAAUCCAUUUAUGCGUAGAAGAUCGAAAUCUCUCUCUAGUAUCAAUUUUGGAACAUGUGACUGUUCUAAAAAUGUACAAAACAUAAAGCAUACAACGUCAUUCAAACGAACAAAUAGAAAAAUUUUGCGCGAUCCUGUAUUUAAAUAUGUCAAAUUGAAUCACAGUGGUGAAGUGAAAAUAUCUAAAAUAAAAUCCUGCUCUAAAAGAAAGGACAGGUUAUUUGGACAUGGAUCUCAAAAUGAUCAGGACUUUAAAUCACUUAUUCAUGGAUGUGAAAAGUUGAACAUUAGUCUGUGUGAUAUUAAGAAAUUUUCAUCCCCAAGUUUCCUGAGUGCUCGUUCUCCUAAUAAAGUUCAAAGAAGUGAUUCUUCUAAUGUUGGGACUAGUUGUUCUACACAAGCAAGAAUGAAUACAGCUCCUCCUUGUGAUGUUACGAUAGAUGAACUAGCAAGUUAUUUUGAAACGUUAGUUCAUAUUCCUAAAAAAAUGAGCUCCAUGGCUGAAAUGAUGUAUAUUUAAAGUUUAUUCUAUUUAAUUGUAGGUUAUAAUUGUAAUUUUUUGUAAAUUUUUUCGAAUAUACUUGAAUUAUGAAGAA